AUGGCGCCACUCAGAGUAAAGGUUAUCAGUGCAGCUCCCCCUUGGAGGCAGAAUUACAAACUCUACUCAUGUCAAUGCAAGCAUCAAGUGGUUAACCCAAAAACUGGAUUGUGUGUUCUCAAAGAUUGUGAGUCUCUGUGUAAGAAGAGGAGUAAAGGGUUAGAGGGUAUUUGCUGGAAGUUUAAUGCCCAAGGAAAAGACCCUAAACAAUGCAAAUGUUGUGGUUUAUGGCCUCCUCUUUACUAAUGUUGCUACCAAAUUAUUUUUAAUAUAAAAUUCAUAUUAUAAAUGAUAAGCUUUUCAUAAUAAAGUAAAAAAGAAAUUACGAGGUUUGUGACCAAUUACUUUGUACUUG